AUUAGUAACAAAGAUAAAGCAAACUGAAACCCAAUAUAUUCUGACGGCGAAGUACGUUACUAAGCAAAAAUACGUUACAGAAUCAUAAACAUGUCUUCUUUCUGUACGUGGACGGAGCAGGAUGGCGUCUACCGCCUCACGCUCGCCGGCGACGACGACCACCACUACCUCACCGGAGAGACAGUCGACGAGCUCACCCGCACGCUCGCCGCCAUCCGCGAGCGCGCCAUGGAUCAGAAGCCGCCCGCCGGCGCCGCUGCCCGCGCCCUCAUCACCGCCUCCUCCGCGGGCUCCUUCUGCGACGGCGUCGACUACGAGCGGGCGAGCCCAAGGGAGAAGCAAGCCGCCGCCGACGGGAUGGUCGCCGUGAUCCGGGAGCUCCUGGCGAUGCCGAUGCUGACGGUGUGCGCGGCGACGGGCGGCGCGCGCUCGCUGGGCCUGGUGCUGGCGCUGGCGCACGACGACGUCGUGGUGGUGAGCGGGGGGCGGUACCACCUCGGGAUGGUCGAGAGGGGCGUCGUCGUGCCGCCGCACGUCGGCGCGCUGCUCCGGCAGAAGACGGACCGCUGGUACACGCUCGGGGCGCGGGUGAUGGCCCCGAGGCACGACCAGGGCAGCUACCUCAAGCAAUGGAAGGUCGUGGACGGCGUGGCGGGAGAUCGCGACGGCGUGCUCGCCGAGGCCGAGAGGGUCGCCGGCGCAUGGAACGGCGACGACGGUGAAGCACACGCCGGCAUGAGGAGGCUGCUCUGCCGGGAUUCGUGGGAGGCCGUGAGUGGUGCCCAGUAAGGGUUUGAAAUUUCGUUUCGAAAUUUCCAAAAUUUCCGAAAUAUCAGCAAUAAGCAGCUCGUCUUUCCAGAUCGUUGAUGCAUCGGCGAUACUGCCGUUUUCUCAUCUACCGUUUCGUCCUGGAUGUAUCGAUCCUUGCUUUUUUUUUUCUUGUUAUAUGCUACUUUUUGAAACUGAAAAAUUGCCCGUGUGUUGCAACGGGAAUAAAAGACGAGACAAUUGAGGAAAAAUUGAGAAAUAUUUAUAUUAUAUAAUUGUUAACGACCAAAUUUGGUAAUAUCUAGUAUCGAAAAUGAAAAUUAGAUCGAAGCGGAAUCAAAGACGAAGAUCGAUUCGGGAACAGAAUAAGAAUCGGCUGGAGUCCAAAUCGGCUACGAUCGGGAUCGGCUAAGUCCGGGUCAGAUUGGAUAAGCCGAUACAGCCGAUUCCAACAAUACGACUCGGUAUACAUCAUCGGGUUGAGUUGAUGUGCUUCUUGAUGAUUGCCACACAUGGAUAGAGUCCUGAGAAGGCAAUUGUAUCUAUUAAUUAGGAUAUUUUAUGUAAUUUUCUUAGAGAUAUAUUUAGGCAAAAGU